AUGGGGGAGACUGUCGGACAACAGCUCCCCGAGCCGGCGCUGAGCUUCACGCUGCCCAGUCUGCACGACGGAACGGUGCUCGACUGCCGCGUCUACCACCCGGCGUCGCUGGCCGCCGCCAACCCUCGCGCGCCGCCGUGGGAGAGACACGCGGCCGUGGUCGCGCACCCGUACGCGCCCAUGGGCGGCUGUUACGACGACCCGAUCCUGGACAGCGUGGCCGCGACCCUGCUGCGGACGGGGUACCUCGUGGGCACCUUUAAUUUCAGAGGCGCGCGCCAUUCCGCCGGUCGGACGUCGUGGACGGCGAGGCCGGAACGAGACGACUACGCGAGCGUGGUGGGCUUGGUGGUGCAUUACGUGCACUUUCUGGAUCCCUUUGCAGGGCCGGAGGCCGCCGAGGCCGCGCGAGACGUCGUCGACGAAGCGUCCCCGCGUGCGCCGCCCACGAAUGCGCCGCCCGCGCCCGUCCUGCUCAUGGGCGGCUACUCGUACGGCGCCAUGAUCACGGCGCAGAUCCCCCCGCUGGACCAGCUCCUCGAGCCGUUUGCCCGCCCGGCCGGCGGCUCGCACGCCGCGCAGAUCCGACUCCGGGCGCAGCACCUCGCAGAGCGGCAGAACCCCGGCCAGGUGCGGGUUCGCGUGGGCGGCGAAGAGGGCGACGCGCGGCCACGCAAGAGUCACGACAGCAGCAGCUUCGGACCGAGGAGCUCCUCGCUCGACGCCGACGACAGGUUCCCCAGGGGAGCGCGCGAGCUGCUCGUGGCCAGGCGGCGCGACAAGCACCCGCGGCCCCGAGCGUCGACGAGCCCGACAGGCGACGCACAAACGGCAGCCGAGGCCGGCGAGCAGGAAGAGCUGCCCGUCAUCGCGGGCCUGGUGCGACCCCGGCCGGCCUAUCUGCUCGUGUCGCCGCUACAAGGCCUCGUCACGCACCUGGCGACCAUGUCGCUGCUCCCGUCGCGCACGAGACGCCUACGGCACGCCGCCGCCGCCGCCGACGACGACGACGCGGCCGCCCUGGCCGCCGAGGACAAGCUCAUCCUGAACUCGACGCUUGCCGUCUUCGGCGACAAGGAUGGCCUCGUGCCGGUGGGCAGGCUGCGCGCGUGGACGGCCAGGCUGGGCGGCAGGCCGGGCUCGCAGUUUGCAGGACGUGAGGUGGCCACGGCGGGCCACUUCUGGGGACAGGCCGGCGUGCUGCUGCUGAUGACGGAGAGCAUCGCGGCAUUUGCCGGCCGACUGGUGCGCGAGGCCACGUAA